GACGAAAGUGCGCCCGAAUUUCAGACAGAAAGUUCGUGAAAGCGACAACUCAAUCAAUACACCCGCCAUCACCAUGUCUGAACGCUCAAACAUCUCCGGCGACCUUAUCUGGGAGCUCGUCCGAAGCAACAAUGCCUACUUAGUCAAGCGCAGCAGUGCUGGCGGUGUUCAGUUCUCCCGAGACCCAUUCAACCUCACCAACAAGCACUCCCGGAAACAUGAGGGCUUUGUCAACGACAAGGCUGUCUCCGUCCAGCCCAACGAGAAGGGAGGCGUCACCCUGAUGACCAAGAAGUCGGAAAAAUCAAACACGCCUAAAGCAGCUUACAACACGCACCCUUACAGCAAGACCACGUCAAACAGAAAGAUCUACAAGAACAUCGCAGACGCAGUCGGCAAGAAGUCAUACCGUGGCGAUUUGAACCAGGACGCCGUUGCUCGUGCCAGUGCUAUCAAGAACUCUCAGCGACCAAAGAAGGAUGUCCCCGAGAAGAAGCCUCGAGGGCUGAAGGGAGCAAAGCAAGAGGCAUAAACACUCUUGAGCAACGAGUACGGAUGAUUCCGCUAUCUGCGAUGCUGGGAUUUGCACCGUACGCACAUCCUCGGGGAGCUCCAAAAGAGACUCUCUCACACAAAAUGGACCCAAAAAUGUCAAAUACCAAACCUAGGCAAUGGCAAACUCAUCAAGUUGAUGGGAUCCAACGGUGCUAUGCUCUUUAGGGCUGGAGCUGGCUAGGGGGAUCCAUCCCGAAGCAACAGCGCAUCCGAGGCAUAACCUCCAGAUAGAAAAGAAGCCCGAGUAGCAGGACAUGUGUAUCAGAAAGAUCCAAAGCCCUGUCAAAACGAGCUCAGCCUCACCCG